AUGGGUCCGCCAGCAUUGAGAAGAAACGUCCUCAGAAGGUCAACCGCAAUUCGUCAUCGCGCAAAGUCCCUCGGUCCGGCUGUGAAACGUGAGGCUUCACAACCUCCAAGCGAUGGCGUCGUCCGCAAAUCGACAAAAAUCCGCAAGACACAAGAAGCAGUUUCCCAGCAACCAGAACAGGAGGAUGCCGGCCCCGAGGCUGCCGCGAUCCUGGCAAAGUACAAUCGACUUCACAAAGACCAGACCUUGUCCGGCCUUCCGCGCGACUGGGCGUCAUUAAAUAUGCUAAUCAGGGGUAGACCCGACAUUAAAAAAUCAGACGCCGAGCGAGGCGUGAACAUUAUACAACGGUUGGUGGCCGAGCCAACCGGGGGCAGUUGCGAGGGCACAUACAAGGACUUGGAGAAACUCCUUCGGUCUCUCCCUGGCGAAAAGACUCCAGAGGCAGAGAUUGAAGCAGCGUUGAUCCUCGCUCGUCGGAUGGAGGCGCACUUUAACAUUGUCCCAUCUCAGAUAGUAAAGACGCCGCCAUCACCGGCCUCCACAAAGCCACCGACCCCAAAGGCAGCAGAUCCCACCUCCAAGCCAGCAAAGACGGCCACUUCGAAGCCGGCAGAGACCUUUGAAGAGAUGGGUGUGCCCGCCUCGGAGGACACCGAGGAUCGUGGACGGGUCAGUCGCCGGGAUAACUUCAAUAACUUCAACCGGGCCGCGAGCCGAGCUGCCAGCCGCGUCAGAGAUAAAGUGCGAAGAAGCCUCAGCCGAAGCAGACCGCCCACUUCCCGGGCCUCAUCGCCACAAGACAACAGGGAAGAGGUGACGCGGGGCAGAGCUGAAUCGCCGCCGGUCCGUUCUCGAGGAAGGACUGCUCGUGCCCGGCGGUCACGAUCUGUCCAUGGUGACCCGGCUACUCGGACCAGUGGCUCCACGCGGCAAUCGUAG